AUGUCCACGAAGCCAGCUCUCUCCGGUCGCGCUGCGAAGCUCGAGAACCUCUUCUACUCGUUCAUCAAGGGUGAUCGCUCUGUGCGGAAUUCUCAAGAGGCCAAACAAUUCUUUGAAGCAGUUGAUGUUCUAUGCGAGCAUACUUCUGCUGUAUCCUGCGUUGAACGCAUUAUUGGGCGAAAAGAGGGCUUAAGCACCGUGAGAGUUGCCAUUCGCAGCAACCUUUCGCGUGCAUUCAUCACAACUGCUACAACGGCCUUCCUCAAACGAGUCUUGCAUCAUGAUGUCAAAAUCAUCAACGACGGUCUAUUCCUUGAAAAGCUGCUUGUGGAAAUCCUGUCACCUUCCACCUUCUGGACCACAUUCCUUGGAUUCUAUCAAUGCAACGAACUCGAAGGCGAUACUUUGGUUGCUUUUGCAUCUCUCUGUCUCGAAAUUGUGUCUUCGUCAUCGCCCGACAUCCGAAUCCUCUCCAAUGACGUGGAGUCUCUCAUGAAAAGCUCUCCAUUGACGAAAUCCUCAUUGGAAGAGGUACGCACUCUUGGUUAUCGCAUCGAAAAGGUGAUCCAGCUACGCAAGGGACCGGCAACUGCAUCGAUUAAAAUGAACUACAGCCCCGGCGGCAGACAUGAUAAUGAUUUCGAGGACUUUCGCAAGAUCUCUAUAUUCCCAACCGCGGAUGAAGUAAGCUCAAAGGAAGAGCCGUUUCUCCAACGAUUGGAUGAUGUAUUUGAGAUUCCAAGAGAGUCGCGUACAAGCAGCUAUAUCUCUUGGCUGUUCCGACUUCUCCGCGAAGAUAUGCUUGCAGAUUUGAGAGAGGAUCUGCAGAUUGCUUGGGGUCAGAAAAAAGCCAAGUAUAAGCCGCUCUGCUUGGGCGGUCUCAGCUUGGUAAGCUAUGAUCUCGGAACUGCUUUUCGUGCGAGACCGUUCACGUUGAUGGUCCAAUGUCGAGAGGGAAUCACCUUUCCUCCGAAUAAACGCUCUCCCGAGGCCAAGAAGAAGUACCUUGAGGAAUACAAAAACUUUGUCAAGCACAGCGCAAUCGGUGCGCUUUGUUUGGAGAAAGACAUCAUUGCUUUUGGUUCUAUCGUACGAGAGGUAGAUGGGCUUAUCAAGGAUCCUCCAGUGGUCGGCAUACAAGUCACCGACAAUGCGGGUCUGAAAUUGGCAAUAAAGGCGUUAAUGAGUCAAGAUUUCUCUCGUCUGAAGUUUUACGUCGUCGAUACCGCGACGUUUUCCUAUGAGCCAAUUUUACAACGUUUGAAGGAGGUCACAGAGAUUCCAAUUGAAAAUGCAAUCCUUGAUCCAGCGGGACCUCCACCGACAUACGAUCCUCCUCCAAGGCUACGGGCUUUCAUCCGCGAGCUCAUAAAUUGUCGUCAAAAGGGAUUGGGGGCAGAGUUGGGACCUAAGCUAGGCUUCAAGCGCACUAUACAGAUUCGAGAUGCACAGCUCGAUUCGCUAAUCAAGGGGUUGGAGAAUCCUGUGGGCCAAAUUCAAGGUCCUCCGGGAACCGGCAAAUCCUUCAUCGGGGCCAUCAUUGCGAAAGUGCUCAUGGAACUUACGGAAUACCGGAUCUUGGUCCUCAGCUAUACGAACCAUGCCUUGGAUCAAUUCCUAGAAGAUCUCAUGGAUAUUGGAAUCGAUGAAAACAAUAUGGUACGAAUUGGUUCCAAGGCUACAGCGAGGACCGAUGCGCUGCGAAUCGACAACCUCUCGAGAAUUCCUCAGGUUCGGUCGAGCCUUGAUAUUAGGCCCAUGCUAAAUGCUACGAGGGGUGAACAGCUGCAGACGGCGACCCGAAUGGACAAUCUUAUACAGUCAUUGAAGUCCCACGUUCCGCUGCAGGAAAUUUUGGAUACGCUGGAAUUCUCCGACUCUGGAAUGGCCUACUGGAGUGCUUUCCAAGUUCCCGAUGGUGAGCAAAUCGCAGGAAAGAAGAAUAAACCCUUACAGCCUGUUGACGUCUUUGGUCAUUGGUUGAAUGGAAAGAACUUGUCAUCUCUAGGCAUGUUGGCGGCAAAUAUUGAUCCUGAACACUAUCCAAUUUGGAACAUUCCACCACAACAUCGACAGACACUUUAUAACGAUUGGGUGAAUCAAGCUCGUCAAGAGCAAAUUGACGAAUUCGCCCAAUUGGCGGAGACUGCCAAUAAUCUCUAUCGACAGAUCGAUAGCCUGUUCAAGGAGAGCAAGAGAAAUGUCGUAAAGCACAGACGAAUCAUCGGUUGUACCACGACCGGUGCAGCAAUGUACCAAUCUAUCAUCAGAGCGGCCAGCCCAGACAUUGUUCUCGUUGAAGAAGCCGGCGAAAUUCUCGAGGCCCAUGUAAUCACUUCUCUCAGCCCAUCCGUCAAGCAGCUAAUUCUUAUUGGCGACCACAAGCAGCUUCGCCCUAAGGUCAACAACUACAACCUCACUGUGGAGAAGGGCGAAGGCUUCGACUUGAAUGUGUCACUUUUCGAACGCCUCAUUAGACAGGGUCACCGGUUUGCCGUUCUACAAGAACAAUUCCGUUCCCAUCCUGAUAUCUCACAGUUUGCUCGUCUUUUAGCGUAUCCGGAACUAAAAGAUGUACCAAAAACGCACAGCUACAAGCCGAUACGCGGACUGCAAAAGAGAGUUGUCUUUGUGCAUCAUGAGCAUCCAGAAGAGCAGUUAAACAAUGUUUCAGACCGGAGAGAUCCGACUUCAAAAGCCAGCAAGAAAAAUACAUUUGAAGCAGAGAUGGUUCUGAAGACGGUCAAGUAUCUGAGCCAACAGGGUUACAAGUCCGAGGAUAUGGUCGUUCUGACUCCUUACAUGGGUCAGCUUUCAUUGCUGAGACAAACGCUGAGUGAGAUAAAUGACCCAUAUCUGAACGAACUAGACACCCAUGACUUAGUACGCGCCGGAUUGAUGACGCAUGCUGCUUCCAAGGCUGCUAAAGCAAAGCUGCGAUUAUCCACGGUGGAUAACUACCAGGGAGAAGAAAGUGACAUUGUGAUUAUAUCAAUGGCCAGAAGCAACAAAAAUGGCGACAUUGGCUUCCUAGUCGCCUGCGAACGACUGGUGGUUCUCAUGUCACGGGCGAGAAAAGGUAUCAUAUUAUACGGAAAUACGAACACCUUCCUGGCUAGCAAAAAGGGCGGCGAGCUCUGGAAGAAAUACUUCGAUGCCAUGAAAGAGAAGGGAUUCUUGUUCGAUGGAUUACCAGUUCACUGCGAACAACAUCCAACCCGACUUUCCAUCCUUCAGAAACCUCAAGAUUUUGAUCAGCACUGUCCUGAUGGGGGCUGUGCAGAGUCAUGCGGCGCUGUUCUUGGCUGUGGGAAGCACACAUGCGAACGCAGAUGCCAUCGACUUACGGAUCAUUCGCAAGUUCCAUGCACGAAAAUGAUGAAGAAGACGUGUGAACGAGGCCAUAACAUCAAAUAUCUCUGUGGAAAAGAGAACCAAGGCUGUAAGUCGUGCGCCAAAGAAGACGAAGAAAUGCGACGAAGAAUCCAGCGAGAUCUGGAUAUGGAGAAAAAGCGACAGGAGCGACAGGAUAAGUACCAGCGUGAUCUACAGGAAAUAGAUGAUGAAAUUGACCAUCACCGGCGUGUCAUGAAAUACGACCAGGAGGAGGCAGAUCAGGCAAAAGAACUUGCAGAGAAGAAAUCUCACCUUGAGAGUCUGAGGCAAACAAAAGCCAGAAUGGAAGCCUCAAAAGCCGCAGCCAGCAAACAAAAGAACGUCAGCAAGGCUGAACAAGAGAAGAGUCAACAGAAGCAACUCUCUUCCAAUUAUGCGGAUCUGGAUCUCCCAGCGCAGGAAUGGGAGGACAUGAAGCGAGAUGAGGGAGCUCACAACGACGCCUUGGAUGAUCUUAUGGGACUCAUUGGUCUAGAGUCAGUCAAGAGGGAAUUUCUCUCAGUCAAAACCAAUGUUGACAUCAAAAUCCGCCAAGGGGUGGCUCUGUCUGAUACAAGGCUUAGUUGCUCGCUCCUUGGAAAUCCUGGGACAGGCAAAACAACCGUGGCCCGUAUAUGGGGAAAGUUCCUCACCGGAAUAGGAGCCAUUCCCGGUGAUGCCUUCAAAGAGACUACAGGGUCAAAACUGGCAAACAUGGGUGUCAAAGGUUGCGAAGAUUUGCUGGAACAGAUUAAAGAAGAUGGCGGCGGUGUCUUGUUCAUCGACGAAGCCUAUCAGCUUUCAUCUGGCAAUAGCCCAGGCGGCAAAGCGGUCUUGGAUUAUCUUCUUGCUGAGGUUGAAAAUCUUCGUGGAAAGGUUGUCUUCGUACUUGCUGGUUAUUCCAAGCAGAUGGAAUCUUUCUUUGCACACAAUCCUGGAUUUCCCAGUCGAUUUCCCAUCACAAUGAACUUUGAAGACUAUACCGACAAGGAGCUGCUACGGAUUCUUAAACGUCAGGUGAAUCGGAAGUACAAUAACAAGAUGGAGAUUGAAGAUGGUCCGGACGGCCUUUAUUUCCGAAUUGCCGCUCGCCGAGUUGGACGAGGUAGGGGCAAGGAGGGAUUCGGUAAUGCGCGAAGCAUCGAGAAUUGCCUUGCCCGCAUAGAGAAAAGACAGGCAAACCGGAUUCGACUGGAGAGCCGGGCCAAGAAAUCUCCCAAUGACUUCCUCUUUACUAAAGAAGACAUUAUCGGCCCAGAACCAUCACUGUCUCUGCAGAGUUGCAAAUCAUGGAAAAAGAUGAAUGAAAUGAUAGGGCUCAAGGAAGUGAAAGAACAAGUAAAAAUCUUACUCGACUCGCUGACGACCAACUAUGAACGUGAACUUGCUGAAGAGCCCCCGAUGGAGUUCACGCUCAAUAGAGUUUUCCUUGGGUCUCCUGGGACAGGCAAAACGACCGUCGCUAAGCUAUAUGGCGAGAUUCUCGCAACCCUUGGCCUCUUGUCUAAUGGAGAAUUGGUAAUGAAAACUCCCGCAGACUUCAUCGGCUCUCAUCUUGGGCAAUCAGAAUCCCAGACGAAGGGUAUUCUUGCCUCUACAAUCGGCAAAGUACUCGUAAUUGACGAGGCAUACGGGUUAUAUGGCGGAAAGGGAGUUACCGAUCCUUACAAAACAGCUGUUGUGGAUACAAUUGUCGGGGAGGUUCAGAAUGUGCCCGGUGAUGACCGUUGCGUCAUUCUCAUAGGCUACCAGGAACAAAUGGAAGAAAUGUUCCAAAAUGUCAAUCCGGGACUAAGUCGACGAUUCUCAGUUGACACACCAUUUGCCUUUGAAGAUUUUGACGACGAUGCGCUAAGAAAAGUACUGGAUCUCAAGCUAAAGGCUUCAGGCUUCACGACCACGGGCGAAGGCAAAACAGCUGCACUUGAUGUGCUCAUCAGAGAACGAAACAGGCCUAAUUUUGGAAAUGGAGGCGCAGUCACAAACCUUUUGAGCAGAGCAAUGACUUCUUACCAAAAGCGGUAUUCGGACGGAAAGAUAAAGAGGAACCAGUUGGAGGCAGAAGAUUUUGACAAAGAUUUUGACAGAGCCACGAGAAAGGAGACAAACGUGAAACAGCUCUUCCAAGACGACAUUGGGCGCGAAGAGAUUAUCCAAAAACUUGAGAGCAUUCAGUCGCAAGUACGACAAUUGAAGGCUCUUGGAAUGGACGUCAAGGAAGAGAUCCCAUUCAACUUCCUAUUCCGAGGCCCGCCUGGUACAGGGAAAACAACUACGGCACGAAAAAUGGGCAAGGUCUAUUAUGACAUGGGCUUCCUUUCUAAAGCUACAGUGGAAGAAUGCUCAGCUACGGAUUUAAUUGGGCAGUACGUCGGCCAAACCGGACCGAAAGUUCAAAAAGUUCUCGAAAAGUCGCUAGGGAGGGUGUUGCUCAUUGAUGAGGCUUACCGAUUUGCUGGGGGCGGAUUUGCCCAAGAAGCCAUCGAUGAGCUUGUCGGCCUCAUUACAACGCCGAAAUACCAGGGCAAGCUCAUUAUUAUCUUGGCAGGGUAUGAACACGAUAUAAAUCGGCUUUUGUCUGUGAACGCCGGAUUGACAAGCCGCUUCCCUGAAAGUAUCGACUUUAAGCCACUCAAACCAGAUGCCUGUUUCCGACUGCUUGUUGACCUUCUGCGGAAAAGGAAAACAGAAAUCUCGAGUAAGGGGAAGAAGAAUUUGGAUAUCAGCUGCUUGGAAACCCCCUCUGCAUUGUUUCUCGGCGAAUGCACAACCAUCUUUGCUGAGCUAUCAAAAGCAGAUGGAUGGGCGAGUGCAAGAGACGUAAAGCAGCUUGCCAGAAACGUCUUCCAAACCGUAAACUUGGAGUCGCCGUCGCUCAAAUUGGAAAGGAAGGGAGUUAUCCAGGAGCUCAAUCGGAUGCUACGAGACCGUCAAUCCAGGAUGAACAAAUCUGAAUCCCCUGUUCCUAUGGAUGAGGAAACAGAGUCUUCGUCCGCGCCACAGGCCGCCAGUCGAACCAGCACUAGUGUACAAGCUCAGCAAUCCACGACUGCGGAUCAACGGCAUAAUACAGAAGAUCCGACCGAAGAAGCGAAUAAAGAGCCUGAAUCACUGGAUGAUGAAGAAUCUCGGCGAGUGGUGCGAGACGCGGGUGUAAGCGAUGAAGUAUGGGAGCAGUUGCAAAAAGAUCAAGCCAAGGAAGAGCGCAAAAAAGCGGAAUAUCGCGACCUAUUGGAAGCCAGAAAAAGCGCCGAAGCCGCUCGCAAAAAGAUUGUACAGGAAUUGAUCAAGGAAGAAGAGUUGAAAGAAGAAGAACGUCUUAAACUCGAGGAAGCAAAGAAGAAGGCCGAAGCCGCGCGCGAAAAGAUUUUACGGCAGCUCAUCGAACAAGAAGAAAGGAGGAAAAAGGAAGUAGCGAAACAGGCAAAAAUCAGGGCUCUUGGAAUAUGUCCAGCGGGAUUUGAUUGGAUUAAACAGAAUGGAGGUUACCGGUGUUCGGGGGGGUCGCAUUUCUUGUCCGAUGCUGAGAUUGAUAAACAUAUGCAGUAG